AUGGACGACGAGCUGCACCGACACCUGGGUGGGUUCAGAUUUUUCGGGCUUGGCUUCGGGAGGCACUAUGAAGGCAACGCCAACUUUGGCAGCAACGGCUUCAUGGUGGUUGCCUGCAACAAGCUUCGGUCAGUACUUUACGUGCUUGCCACUGGGCUGUACGAUGUGGUUUUCACGGACAGCGACAACGUAUUCAGGAGCGACCCCUUCGCUUCCAAUGUGUCGCUGGGGAGCCUGAUGCGCGCCGGGACCUACGACUACGUCUAUGGAGUGAAAUUCCUGCCUCCUGGCAUCAAGCCCGACGAUCACUUCGGGGAAAAGAGUGAGCCGAACAAGGCCAACACGGGCUUCUACUACAUUGCAGGCAGGCAGAAGCCUCGGCUUGUGACGAAGAUUUUCAACAUCAGCGUCGACUGGUGCGAUCGGCGGCCGCACUUGGAUGACCAGGAAAACUUCUGGGACUCCCUCGUGGUGAGCCGACAGAGGAAGAAGCGCCAUCCGGAGUACGUGGGCUGCUUCCAACACUGUCAGAGCACGGUCUGCGCGUCCGAGCCGCCCGAAGAGACCUUCACGUACUGCCUCAUGAACCCUUUUGAGAACGUCCUGGGCUGUGUCAACCCCGAGAUAGCCCUGAAAGAGCCGUUCCAGAUGAUAACGUACCAUGCCACCCACGUCUUCGGCAAGACUGCGAAGCAGCACAAGCUGCGCCGAGCACAGCUCUGGGAUCCCUGCUGA